GUUAAAGGGACCGGCCAAGAUGGCGGCGGCGGCGGAGGUGUCUAUCCUGCCGGAUUCGGUGCUGAUGCAGGUCCUGGCGCUGCUGCCGCCGUGGGACCGGCUGCGGGCGGCCGGGGUCUGCCGGCGGUGGCGCCGCCUCGCGUUGGACCGGACGGUCUGGAGACAUGUGGAUCUGAGCCAGCGCCGGCUCAGCUCCGGGGCCCUGUGGCACUUGCUGCGCCGGCACCUCCAGCCGGGGCUGCGCUCGCUCCGGGCCCGGGGCUCGCUCCUCUCCGGCUCCCGGCAGCGGCUCCUGUCCCCGGCCCUGCUGGCGGCCCUCAGGAAGCGCUGUCCCCAGCUCCACUGCCUGGGCCUGGCAGAGACCGACCUGCGCCGUGUCCCCUACGAGAGCAUCCCCGCUUCCCUCACGGUGCUGGAGCUGAGGCACUGCGAGCUCCCCUCCGCCUGGUUCCGCCACACCGCUUCCACCCCGGGAGCUCUGCAGCACCUCCUUGUCCACCACGUCCCAGCCUUCUCCGACCAGCACUUGCUGGCUGUGUGCUCCCAGCACCGCCUGAAGACGCUGAGCCUGCGGGGCACCUAUCGCCUGACAGAGCCCGGGUUGCAGCGUGUGGCUCCCUUCCUGCAGGAGCUGCAGCACCUGGAGCUGCAGGGCUGCGGCGCCGGUGAUGCCACCAUGGGCUCCGUUGGGCGCCACAUGAAACAACUGCGGGUCCUGGAGAUCGGUGCUUGCCCUGUGAGCAACAUGGGGCUGGGGGCUCUAAAGACCCUGCAGCAUCUGGAGACGCUUUGCCUUGACCUGAGUGAAAAGCUUUCUGCUGGGGCUGUGAUUGUGUUGUGCCAAGCACUGCCCCAGCUCAGGGACCUCAGAUUAGUUGGUGGUUGCUUAGAAACUGAAGUAAUGGAUCAAAUCCGGGUGGGUUUGUCCCACUGCAGCUUCUCACAUUCUCCUCAACACCCAGCCUGAAGCAGCAGCUUUGUUGCUGUGCCUCAAGUGCUCCUCAACCAGCUGCCGUGCCUGGUUUGGGGACAGAAUGGCCACUGGGGCUAGAAUGACAAGUGCAUCACAUAAAGGGGUUUGGUGGGAUCCCCCUCCCCAUUUUCUGUGGAGCAGGGGAAUAGGGAAGCCAGGGAGCAGCCAUCUCUUGGGAACCCCGCUGAGGAGGUGACCAAAGAUCAGCUGAGCUUCUCUCCGCUCCUCUUCCCUCACCACUAAGCAUCAGGCAGCAGCUUAAGGAGUGCAGAACUUGAGGAGCCACUGGAAUAAAAGAGAUGUGGCAGCCCAGAUCCCAAACUUCCAGUUAAUACCCAGCUCCAAUUGCUCAAGCACCCCACAUGCACACUCCAAACUCUGCUGGGGAAGAGGUGAAUACCUCAGCCAUGUGUGUCUGCUUGGAGAAGCCCAGGCACGAGCAGUUCCCAAUCCACGAUGUCACCUUGCUUGGACUUCCCUUCAAAUUCCAGUCUUCAGGUUACUCCUUGGGAAGCUUUUAUGCACGGGGCUUCCCGGAUACCUGGUCCUGAGCUCCUGUUUGCUCAGUGCAAGGGCUCCACGUGCUCUUGGGCAUCACCACGGCUGCUGUUAUGUGGAAGCAGCCACGUUUCCUCAUCACCUUUUAUCGUCCACAUCCUCCUCCCUGCAAUGUCAUAGCUGCCAGGGAAUGCUGUGACAUCCCCAUUCUGAGGUUCUCAGGUCAGCCAAGGAUGGUUUUAGAUGGUGUAUUGUAUUUAUUAAAUCAAACUGCUUUUGA